CCCUGUGUAGGCACCGUAUUUCGUCGUGUUGCGUAAUUUCCGGUGUUGCGUAUUUCCGGUUUAGCUAAUUCGUCCAUGCGCCUGAAACGGUGAAUUUUUCAGGCGAACCAGACCGAGUAGAAUUACAGCAGUAAUGUUUAAACUGGAAGGGCUGGGACCCAAAAUGGACCCGGAGGAGAUGAAGAAGAAAAUGCGACAAGAUGUCAUCUUGUCUUUACGAAACUUCCUUAUUUACGUCGCUCUGCUUAGAGCCACGCCGUAUGUGUUAAAGAAGCUGGACAGCAUAUGAGCGGAGCAGCUCGUCUCCUCCUCCUCCAUCCAUUCACAGAGAGCUGAUUGCAUCAGAGACGGCAUGGAUGUCCAGAAGCAGACUGCUGGUUCCAUUACAAAAUCACAGCGGAAAAUUACCAGCGUUUGUCCAUCACUGCAGUGGAGAAACCGGCUCACACACAUUCAGUUUUGUUUCACUUUGUAAACUUUUUUUCUUUUUUUUAACUAUUAUUAUUAUUAAAACACAUUGUCACUCUUUGUUUAUACAUGUUUUGUCUUUAAUAGUUUCUUCCAGAUGUCAUAAUAAAGUCAAUCCAUGUUUA